GCAGGCGGUGCUUGAUGGGGGGGUGGGUGGCGGUGGCGAAGGGCUCGCGAAGGUUCCAGAGACGCGGCGUGCGGGAGGAGGGCUGAGGUUUCGCGCAGAGUCGGGUGUGCUCGUGGGCUGCGGGCACUGCGACUCGAGCUGGUGCGUUCUGCGCUCGGGGUGAGCGCACUCCGUGCGGCGUUUCCUGCCGUCGCCCCUGCGCCGCUGCAGCGGGGCGUUUCCUGCCGCAGCCCGACCAUGGCUUCAGCUGUGGAAGAGCUACAGAAAGAUCUAGAAGAGAUAAAGGUGCUGCUGGAAAAAGUGACUAGAAAAAGAGUGCGUGAUGCCCUGACAGCUGAAAAAUCCAAGAUUGAGACAGAAAUCAAGAAUAAGAUGCAGCAGAAAUCACAGAGGAAAGCAGAACUUCUGGAAAAUGAAAAGCCAGCUGCUGUGGUUGCUCCUAUUACAACAGGAUAUACAGUGAAAAUCAGUAAUUAUGGAUGGGAUCAGUCAGAUAAGUUUGUGAAAAUCUACAUAACCUUAACUGGAGUUCAUCAAGUCCCCACUGAGAAUGUGCAGGUGCAUUUCACAGAGAGGUCAUUUGAUCUUUUGGUAAAGAAUCUAAAUGGGAAGAGUUACUCCAUGAUUGUGAACAAUCUCUUGAAACCCAUCUCUGUGGAAGGCAGUUCAAAAAAGAUCAAGACAGAUACAGUUCUUAUCUUAUGUAGGAAGAAAGCAGAAAACACACGGUGGGACUACCUGACUCAGGUCGAAAAAGAAUGCAAAGAGAAAGAAAAGCCCUCCUAUGACACUGAAACAGAUCCUAGUGAGGGAUUAAUGAAUGUUCUAAAGAAAAUUUAUGAAGAUGGAGAUGAUGAUAUGAAGCGAACCAUUAAUAAAGCCUGGGUAGAAUCAAGAGAGAAGCAAGCCAAAGGAGAUACAGAAUUCUGAGACUUUAGUCUUUUUAGGAACUGUGAUGUGGAAAUACUGAUGUUUCCAGUAAGGAACUGUUGGUGAGCUGUGCAGAUAAACUUGACAUAUAACUACUUACUCAGCGUUCUUCUAAGUAAAGGCAGUGAAUUCUCCAUUUCCUGUUGGAGGAUUUAUUUAAAUAAAAUAUGCUUAAACACUUCUUCCAAAGAUGGUCUCCUUAGCAACCGGGUCAUUUUAUUCAAGAAAAGGGUAAUGUUGUAUUCUAGUGUGAAAUGUAAAGAAGCAAGUCUUGCCUAAUGAAAAUGCCACAUUGUGUGUAUUAUUGUUCAGCUAAGAGGUAGAAAGCAAAAGUUAUUGCUUGCCUUUCAGUUCCUGCCAUCAGCUCCCAGCAAUGUAAGAAUAAGUAAAAAUAAAACCUGAAUUUUUGCAUAAAA